GCCUAGCCUACGUGUGGAAAAAGUAUCUCAGGGCACAAUACGUGUUGUGUUGUUCUUCCACAAAGGAAGGUUUUUUGUUUUUCUGUUUUUAAAAAAUACAAAAAAAAAUUAGUAAAGGAAAACCAAAUUUAAAAUGUCACGAAUAUCCGGAGUCUCCAUCCCCCUGGUGGGCUUCCUCCUUAUCAAUGCGAUGAGUGUAAAUGGCCUUGUGGAGCAGGGGAUGUACCAGAGCUCCAACAAUCAACAGAAUCUCGACAGCAAUUCGGCAACAGGCGCAACGGGAUCUUUUCCCUUCUUAAUGCCCAUGGUUUCCCCCAAAACCCCGGAUUUGUACUUGUGCACCCCAAUCAAAGUCGAUCCAACUACCACCUACUAUAUUGUUGGCUUCAAUCCCAAUGCCACCAUGAACACGGCCCACCAUAUGCUGCUCUACGGAUGCGGAGAGCCCGGAACAACAAAAACUACUUGGAACUGCGGAGAAAUGGCUCGGGCUUCCGAAGAAGAAAUGGCCAGUCCCUGUGGACCUCACUCCCAUUCUCAGAUCAUCUAUGCCUGGGCCAGAGAUGCUAAAAAACUCAACUUACCAGAAGGAGUUGGGUUCAAGGUUGGUAAAGAUUCACCCACCAAGUACUUGGUGCUGCAAGUGCAUUAUGCUCACAUCGACAGAUUCAAGGAUGGUUCCACGGAUGACUCGGGAGUCUUUUUAGAUUACACAGAAACCCCUCGUAAAAAGUUGGCUGGCACCUUGUUGCUGGGCACUGAUGGAAUGAUUCCCCCCAUGAAAACGGAGCACCUGGAAACGGCUUGCGAGAUAAACGAGAACAAGGUGCUGCAUCCCUUCGCCUAUCGAGUACACACCCACGGAUUGGGCAAAGUGGUGUCAGGAUAUAGAGUGAGGUCGGACAGCGAGGGUACCCAGGAGUGGCUUCAGUUGGGCAAGAGAGAUCCGCUUACCCCGCAGAUGUUCUACAAUGUCAGCAGCCAUGAGCCCAUUCUAUCGGGGGAUCAAAUUGCAGUGAGGUGCACCAUGGAGAGUACUCGUCAUCGGGUAACCAAAGUCGGUCCCACUAACGAGGAUGAAAUGUGCAAUUUCUAUCUCAUGUAUUACGUGGAUCACGGCGAGACUCUGGACAUGAAGUUCUGCUUUAGCCAAGGUGCUCCCUAUUAUCAUUGGUCGAAUCCCGAUACUGGCCUACACAAUAUCCCACAUAUCGAAGCGAGCACCUUGUAAUCUGGUUGCCAAUAGCGGUACAACACUGUGGCGUUUAGUGAAACGAAUGUAUACUAAUUUAUUGUCUGGAUUUUUUCCAUCGUGUUUGAGAUGCGAUCAUAGUUGACCCUCAUAAUGUAUCCUAUUCAGUUGUGUGUUUCCUGUUGAAGUGGCCACCUAAUGAUGUAUGUAAAUUAUGUGUACGUGUAAAUAAUAAAAAAAGAAACAUAUGUA